CGGGGCCGGGGCCGGGAGCGGGGCCGGGGCCGGGGCCGGGGCCGGGCCGCGGUCGCUGCAUGGCGGAGCUGGGGCAGGGGCAGGGGCUGGGGCAGGGCGGGCCCGCGGCGCUCAGCUGCUGCUCCUACAACCAGGACCGCACCUCUCUGGCAAUUGGAACUACAACUGGAUACAAGCUUUUCUCCUUAAGUUCUGUGGAGCACCUGGACCAGGUCCACGAAAGCAAUGAAAUCCCAGAUGUUUACAUCGUGGAGCGUCUGUUCUCCAGCAGCCUUGUGGUCGUGGUCAGUCAUGCCAAGCCACAGCAAAUGAAUGUCUACCACUUCAAGAAAGGGACGGAGAUCUGCAACUACAGCUAUUCCAGUAACAUACUGUCCAUCCGGCUGAACCGUCAGAGGCUGAUUGUUUGCCUGGAGGAGUCAAUUUACAUCCACAACAUUAAGGACAUGAAGCUUUUGAAGACGAUUAUGGAUACACCUCCCAAUGCAACAGGUCUGUGCGCUCUCUCGAUCAACCACGCCAACUCCUACUUGGCUUAUCCCGGCAGCGCGACCAGCGGAGAGAUCGCACUUUACGACGGAAACACUUUGAAAACAGCCUGCACAAUUCCUGCCCAUGACGGCCCUCUGGCUGCCCUGACCUUCAACUCCACCGGCUCGAAGCUGGCAAGCGCUUCCGAAAAAGGCACAGUCAUUCGUGUGUUUUCCAUUCCUGGUGGGCAAAAGCUCUAUGAAUUCCGGCGAGGGAUGAAAAGGUACGUGAACAUCAGCUCCCUGGUAUUCAGCAUGGAUUCCCAGUUCCUGUGUGCUUCCAGCAACACGGAGACGGUGCACAUCUUUAAACUGGAGCAUCUCACUGACAGCCGGCCAGAAGAGCCUCCAACCUGGAGCGGGUACAUGGGGAAGAUGUUCCAGGCUGCUACCAACUACCUCCCUGCCCAGGUAUCAGGCAUGAUAAACCAGGACCGAGCUUUCGCCACUGUACGCCUCAACACCUCCGGGCAGAGGAACGUCUGCGCCCUCUCCACGAUUCAGAAGCUGCCUCGGCUGCUGGUGACCACCUCAGAUGGACAUCUCUACAUCUACAACCUGGACCCACAAGAUGGAGGAGAGUGCGUCUUAAUUAAGAAACACAGUCUGCUUGGCUCAGGAAAAACGGAGGAGAACAAAGAAAACGACCUUCAGCCUCCAGUACCUCAAUCGUACGCAGCGACUGUAGCCAGACAAAGCACAGUGCCUUCAACUUCGACCAUGCCAGGUUAUUCGGAGGACGGCGGCGCCCUGCGAGGAGAGGUCAUCCCAGAGCAUGAGUUUGCAACCGGACCAGUGUGUCUUGACGACGAGAAUGAGUUUCCUCCUAUAAUCUUGUGCCGUGGAGGUCAGCCGGGCAGAGCGAAGAGGUCAUGAUGAGACGCAAACAUCCGCGCGUAGGACAGCUGCUGGGAAGUGCUUUGGAAAAGCCAGGAAUUUCGAAGAAGAGGUUUGCGUGUCCUCAAGAAAAGGAAAAAAUACAAAAAAAAAAUCCAAGGUGGGCCACUGCUUUUUACUCCAGUACGUGUGAGCGACUACCUGGCCCGCCCGGCCCGCCAGCCCCCUCUUUUUAAUCAUGUCUGGGCGGGUGUCAAUGUACUGUCUGCACAGCGCUAUAUUUAACAGGUAUCCUAGAACCACAUUGUAAAUGCUAAUUUAAUCAGAUUUGUAUGUCACCAGAAUUUUAUAUACCCGUUUUUUCCCUUUUCUAAUUUAUGCCGUUUUAUGUGUAUAAAUGUACUUACAGCGAGAGAUAUUGAACUUAUGUCUUUGUACAGGAUAAGCCUAUUUUACCCAGGCAAAGUAUUUUUGCAGUGAUAUUAGAGAAGAUGCAAUUUGCUCCGUUUAAAGACAGAAAUAAAGUCACGGUCUGUCCCUGGCA